UAACUAGUUGAAAACAGUUGACGGUAGCCAUUGACUUCCAUAGUGUCAAAAAAAAGAUCACAGUAGAUCAAAAAUAAUGUUCUACAAAUCAAACAUAUGAACAGCCAGCAGGUGGCAGCACAUCAACUCCAGCGCGUGUCGUCAAGCUUGUUUCCAUGCGACUGUAAACAAUGAACUGAAGGGGUUUGUGUUCUUCCUCAAACAAAUGUAAGGCUGCUUCUCGUUUCUGUCGUUACCUAUAGUAUGAAAUGGCAUAUUCACAGUCCCCUAAGAAGGCUGGUCUACCACGAGAGGUUUUGAAAUGGCUGCAAAGUCUUGAUUUAUCGUUUUUCCCAAAAAACGUGCGCAGAGACUUUUCCAAUGGAUACCUAGUGGCGGAAAUAUUUUCCUGGUAUUUCCCAAAGGAUUUUCAUAUGCACUCCUAUGAUAAUGGAGCUUCACUGGCUGCCAAACAAUCCAACUGGUCCCAGAUUGAGAGAUUUUUUGAGAAGCAAAACAUCAGUCUGCUGAAAGAGGUCAUAGAUGGCACAAUCCACUGUAAACCUGGAGCUGCAGAGCUUCUCGUGCAAGAGAUUUACUCCUUCCUGACCAACAGAAGGAUCCAGACCAUCCAGAAGGUGGAGCAAGGCUUCACAGAUAAGGCUUAUCAAGACCAGUUGCCAAUGGUGGCUCGAGCCACAGCCUCAGUGGCCAUAAAGAGCAACUUGAGUCUCAGUGAGGUAAUCGCUGAACCAAAUAUCAUCGCCAACCAGCGCAAGGUCCUUGCGAUCAUACACAGACACAUAGAACAGAGAAAAGAGGAGAGAACACAAGACCCAAAACGAUUCGAUGUUAAGCCCACUCUUGGAGAACAGGCUGUCAGAUUGCCUCCGCUGUUAGCCCACCAGAGCGAGCCAAACUUGCAGAUGAACACCAGUCAAGCAGCUUGUUAAGUUCGUGGCUCUACCUUUCCAACAAAAGGAUGAGACAAAUGUUCUUUGGCAUCUGGCAUCAGAAGCAAAUGCACUGCGGAUACUGGAGACAAAUUAUGAGACUGUUUAAGGUAGAUGUCUAACAAAGGUCUUCAAAGCAUAUUUCAAAAUGCGGCCCUAGAAAUCUCAGCAGAAGAUUCAUUCUCACAAUAAAUAAAAAACAGUCUAACAAGCAUACACAUCAGUGUGCAGGCUGCUUUUGUUGUCCAUGUUUGAAUAGAACACAGACUAAAAAAAAAACUUAAAAAAAAUCCAUGUUUAUUAGCUUCUAAAGGCUUGUUGUUCUGAUUGGCAUUGGAUUUGAACUCUCUACACCAUACAGGUCAACAAAUUUAUUGUAAUAAAAUGCAUAUUUCCAUCUCUUGUGAUAUUCAAAUCCCAAAUUCAAAGUUUAAACAAUUAAUAUUUUUUGGAAGAACUGCUUCUUAUAGUUCAACCAAAAAUUAGUAUCAGUUCGAUAGAUUGUUGUGUAUUUAACUUUUUUUAAUUUGCUUUCAUCCAUAGCUCUUAUUAUAAUGUGUGAUAAUAUUUGAAUCAUUUAAUUUACUUAAAUUUAGCAACUUAAAAUUAGUUUCUAUGGCUUUUUAUGGGACAGGGUGGGGUUUUUUUUCUUCUUGAGAGCAGUCUGGACAUUUUCCCAAAAAUCUCCUUUUGAGUUUAAUGGACAAAAAAUAAAUCAUGUAGGUUUGGAAAAUCAUCUGAGUUUAAAUUCAACAUUUAUCAGUUAACUCUAGUAGCUCUUAGGCCUUCUUCAACCUGUUGUUGCAUCUCUGUUAUCUCUGUAUUGAGAUAGCUCUGUUUUAAUUGAAAGGCACAGCAUGUUCUCUUCUCCGCUCCACCUAAGACCCACUGCAAAUUAGAUAUUCAUUUAGCAAACUCACUGUGAGACAGGCAGGAUUUAGGCAAGUUGCCCAGGUCCUUUUUUACCCCCUCUGCCUCUUUUACUCAGUUUCUCUCCCCCUUGUACACACACAAACACACAGUCUCUUUCAGUCUCACACAGCCAAACGCUCUUACACUGUCAAACAUAAAGAGUGUAUCUGCUGUGUUACCAUGCAUCUUUCAGACUCAAUUCAUAGCAUAAGGUUGCCAUGGAUAUCUAAAGCAAGCAUACUGCUUUUCAUCAAUGUGCUUAGAAAAUAACUUUCUAGACCACCUCGUCUCUCUCACGCUCCCUCUGUUUAUCUCACCCUCCUCCCUAUUACAUGCUCAUGCUGUUUUCCGUCUGAAAUGGACAUUUAAAAAACCAAAUAAUAGGCUUUGUGCGGAAUAAAAUGCCAUGAGGUGCGAAUGGUAUGACCCUGAACGCAGUCAUUUAAUCAUUAGCAUAGCUGAGAUGUUACUGAAAUUAGUGUCUACUCUCAUUGAUUUGACAAACUCUGUCAUUUUUAUGGUCAACAAUAAAAGGAAAUGAAAGUAGGAAAAAACUUUAAUCUUUAAAUGAUGAUUUUUUCAUUUCAUUCUUUCAUUAAAAGAGUCAUCAUUUACUCACCCUCAUUACUUUCUUCUGUGGAACACGAAAUAUAUUUGAAAAAUGUAUUUUGUAUGAACUAUUAGUGUAGGGAAAAAAAAACAAAAAUAGUUUUUUGACCACUAGGCAAUCAACAUUUUUAUAUGCAUUACAUCCAUUUACUGUAUAUACAAUGUAUAUUGGUUUAGAUUGGUUCAUUAAAGCAGACAGCGGUCAAAUAUUUUGUUUUAAUAAACCGAAUGUUUUCCAUGGCAGCAUACCAGUGCUACUUUCAUAUAUUAUAACACACUGCUCUCUCUCUUGUCAUUGGUGCCUUCAUGUGACUCAAUGUGGUGACAUAUUGUUGUAAAAAUGGUCUUGGUGGACUUCUGUAUUAAUUUUAUAGUGAGCCUUUAAAGAAUGGCUUGAAGCUCAGGAGUCUCCAGUUAAAGUGAGAAAAUGAAAACAGCACUCUGAACAGCAAGGAACUGGUGAAAAAAAAAGUCUCUUAUGUUCACCUAGCCUACAUUUAUUUAAAAUACAGUAAAAGCAGUCAAAUUAUCAUACAUUAUUACAAUUUAAACUGUUUCACUGUUUAUAAAUUUUAAGUGUUUUCUUUUUGAAUGUAUUUUAAAAUCUGUUGAUGAUGCAAAGCUGAAUUUUCAGAAUCAUUACUCCAGUCUUUAGUGUCACAUGAUCCUUCAGAAAUCAUUUGAAUAUGCUGAUUUCCUGAUCAAGAAAUAUUUUGCAUUAUUAUUACAGUUGUGCUGCCUAAUAUUUUUGUGAAAACAAUAUUUUUUAAGGAUUCUCAAAAUACAGCAUUUAUUUGAAAUAAUUUUUUUUAACAAUGUAAACUGUCACUUUUGAUCAACAGUUUUGGGAAGGUUACUUUGGAAAUGUAAUAGAUUACAGAUUACAAGUUACCCUAUUUAAAAUGUAAUAAGUAGUGUACAUUUUUCAAAUACGUUAAUAAAGUAAUGUAACUGAU